GGGCGGGUCCAUUGUUCCUCCUGGAGGAGGGGGGGGCCGGAUCAUCGAAGAAGGAAACAAGAAGCUGUCAGACAGGUCUCCACCCUCCGGAGGUGAGGAGUGGAGUGCUCCAGGAACUCUAUCAUCCUCGAGACGCUCAAAGAAAAGUUUCCAGUUAUUUUCUAACUUUGAUAAAAACUCAGAAACUGUCUCAGUCUGUUCACUGCUGAUUAAAAGAUGGCGUCUGAGGUGAGUCUACACCGUUUAACCGGGGAGGAACUUCUGGAAGUGGACAUAUGUGACGCUGGAGGAGUCUGCUCCGAGGAGGAGAGCGGGGUCUUUGUGAACUCCGUCCCCUCCCUCCAGGAGGAUUUCUCCGGGCUCCAUCAGUGGACGAUCCGCUCCGGGUCUCCUAAUGACACAUCAUCCCCCCAGAGGACCCCCGGGGCCGCGGACAGCAGCGACUCUGACACCCCUGGAGGAGGAGGAGGAGGAGGAGAGGGUGCGAGGAGCUCCAUAGUGGACUGUCUGCUGGUGGAGCUCUAUGAGACGUACAGUGGAGGCGGCAGGAUGAACGUGGACAGCUGGGACAGCUCCACAGAAGCGUCCGGGUCAGACGCCUUCCUGGGCCGAAGUAACUCCGGGUCCAGCUUCCUGCAGGAGCUCCAGCAGAAACACACCCGGAGGCACCAGAUGAGCUACCUGGCCCAGAAAGACCCACAGGAGUUGCAGUCGAUCAUCCAGGAGGUCAAAUAUCGAACUGGCCUGCAGUCGGCCAAGCUUCUCCGCCAGCUGAAGAGACGAGACCGGCUCUGUAACAAGCUGCAGAAAAACUACGACUUCAUCACGGCUUGUCUUCAGGCUGUGUCACAGAAACGACGAGUCGACACGAGACUGAAGUUCACCAUCGAACCCUCGCUGGGGAAGAAUGGAUUCCAGCAGUGGUACGAUGCUCUGAAAGCCGUGGCCAGACUCCCCACUGGGAUCCCAAAGGAAUGGAGGAAGAGGGUCUGGCUGACUCUCGCAGACCAGUACCUCCACAGCAUCUCCAUCGACUGGGACAAGACGCUUCGUUUCGCCUUCAACGAACGCAGCAACCCGGACGACGACUCCCUCGGCAUCCAGAUUGUCAAGGACCUGCACAGGACAGGAUGCAGUUCUUACUGCGGCCAGGAGGGGGAGCAGGACCGUGUGGUGCUGAAGAGGGUGCUGCUGGCUUACGCACGCUGGAAUAAAUCAGUGGGGUACUGCCAAGGAUUCAACGUGCUGGCUGCUCUCAUACUGGAGGUCACUGAGGGCGACGAGAGCGAUGCGCUGAAGGUGAUGAUCUACUUGAUUGACAAGGUGCUGCCUGAGAGUUAUUUUGCCAACAACCUGCGAGCGCUGUCAGUGGACAUGGCGGUGUUCAGAGACCUGCUGCGCCUCAAGCUGCCCAGACUCUCCCAGCAUCUCCAUCACCUGCAGAAGGCCGCCAACAGAGAGGCUGGAGGGAGCUACGAGCCUCCGCUGACCAACGUCUUCACUAUGCAGUGGUUCCUCACCAUGUUCGCCACCUGCCUCCCGGCGCCCACCGUGCUGAAGAUCUGGGACUCAGUGUUCUUCGAGGGUUCAGAAGUGCUGUUCAGGGUCGCCCUCGCUAUCUGGGAGAGACUGGGAGAGAGGAUCGAGUACUGUCACUCAGCAGACGAGUUCUACAGCACCAUGGGUUGUCUCACUCAGGAGAUGCUGGAGCACAGCCUCAUCGAUCCUCCUGAGCUCAUGCAGGAGGUUUACUCCAUGGCCGUGUUUCCUUUCCCUCAGCUGGCUGAGCUGAGAGAGAAAUACACGUACAACAUCACUCCUUUCCCUACCUCAGUCAAAUCCAAUGGAAGUGGCGGUCUGGGCAGCUGGGAGAGUGACGAUGACGCCGACAUGGACGAUGAGGACUCGGUGGUGACUGCGCUCGGUUGCCUGGGUCCUCUGGGUGGCCUGCUGGCCCCCGAGCUGCAGAGAUACCAGAAACAUCUGAAAGACCAGCGAGGAGAGCAGGGGAACAUCGCAGAGCUCAGCCCCGGAGCAGUGGGAGCCGGCGGGGCAGGUGGAGGAGGAGGAGGUGGAGGAGGUGGAGGAGGAGGAGGAGCCAGAGCGGAGCACCAGGCGGCGAUCAACAGCAUGAUGAUGGAGAGAAUGAGCACCGACAUCUACGCCCUGAAGAAGCAAUACGCACGCAUCAAGAAGCGGCAGCAGCAGCAGGCGAUGCAACUCUUCAUACGCACAGAAAAGUGCCCUGCCACCCGAGUCCUGCCCUCCCAGCUCAACUCGUCCAGCACCGUCAUCAACCACCUCCUUCUGGGGCGGAAACCACGAGGAAGCUCCAGGCUCGCAUCCACUAGCACCUCCACCCUGCCAGGGUCUCGCUCUGCUUCUCUCUCCCAGAAUCCAGGCUCCCCGUUCAGACAGUGCAACAGCAGUGGACCUCCCGGCAGCUUCGGAGGAGGCGCCGGGUCGCCCUGGCGUGCUCACGUGCGAGUACAUCGGAGGAAUAUCGCCAGAGCUCGAGCGCAGCUGGGGUUUGGAGAUUCAGAGGAAAGGGAGGAUGAGGAAGAAGAGAGAGGGUCUGUUGGAUUGGAAGAUGAAGAGGAGAGGAAAGUAGAGGAAAGUGAGAAUGAUGGUGAGGAGCAGAUAUGUGAGAGUGAUUCUUCGGCAUCAGUGUUCUCAGAUCCUUCUGGUACCGGGUCAGGGUGUGAAGAGGCUCCACGGGUUCCUGAAGGGACAGAAGACGUGGAGGUUGCUGAGGUGGUUGUGCAGCUGGACUCCCUGGAUCUUCAAGAGAAAUCAAACCUGACCCCUACUAACAGUGAAGACUCCCAGACCACAUUACCAGAGCCCAAACCUGAACCCCAAGUCCCUCUGCUCCCUCCUCCACCGCCCUCAACCCGUCACAAAGAUUCUGACUCAUCCGGUUCAGAAAGAAACGCCUCCUCUCACAGACACUGCCCCCCCAUCGCUUUACCUCCACCCAACCACUCCUUCAACAACCAUUCAUCCUCUCCUUCCACAAUGAGUCCAUCCACCUCUCCAGUCCCCACAUCUCUGGAUCCAUCCAGCUCCUCCUCUCCUACACCACCACCCACCCCAACACCAACCUCCACAUCCUACUUCCCCUCAUCCUCCUCGGCUCACGACCUCUCCUCUCUCCCUCUUCCAGCAUCCUCCACCUUCUACAAAACGUCCUCCCCCUCCACUCCUUCACUUUCCUCCAUCUCCUCAUCGUCUGGCUCUCACAUCUCCUCCUCCCCGUCCACCCCGGCGUUCCAGUCCGACGGCGCCGUCGCUCACAAGCAGCCGGUCUUCUCCCCGUUUCCGUCCGUGAAACAGCCGAGGAAGUCUGCGGCGGCCAGGAACCUCGGUCUGUACGGCCCCACGUCCAGAACACCCACGGUUCAUUUCCCUCAACUCAGUCGGACCCUGAACAGGAGCAGCGGAGCCGGGACCACCGGGAGACGAUAGACAUCUGUGCACUCCUGAACUGAUGAGAGAACCACACGUCAAUGAGAAUCAUUCUAUAACUACACCGUGUUGCCUCCUGCGUACAAAGACAACAACACAUAUCUGAAGAAGAUGAAAUGUAAAGCUCAAAUUAUUUGAUCAGUGAUGUUGAAAUGAGGACAUUGUGGUUCAUCUGAUAAAGGUUCAAUCAUAAAGAGACAUUUAGGAAUUCUUCUAUCAAGUGAAAUGUAUUGUUUCAGCUGCGUUGGCACUGUACUGCCAUGAUAACACAGGACUAUAACAGCAUCUAGCCCUUUACAGUGGCCUAUGCAGAUCCUUGUCCAUAAAGGAAUCAUGUUUAAAGAAUAAAUGUUACAUUGCGUUUGUGUUGGAUACCUGUGUUUGGUGAACCUUGAGAAGAGGAUCCUCCCUGGACUGAAACAUGAAGACCCUCUCACCUGAACAUCUGCUUCCUUCUAGUCCCAUACUGACCACAUGUGGUGGACUUUACUCUCUCUGAGUUACACAAAGCCAUCCAGAUGUUUCUAUGCCAAGUAGAAUAACCCAAGACAACAAGACAAGAAGAACUACAAAGAGUCUUCUGAUGUCCUGAAGCACUUACCCUUCACCUGAUGUGUGUACUCUGUGUGUGUAACUUGACUGUUGAACACGAGGAAUGUAAUAUCUUAGUCACUCAUGAAGUAUGUGCGAAUAGGAAAGCCUGGUCAGGUUUGUUUUGACCACUAGGGGGAGAAUACUGUGUACAUUUAAUGUGGAAAAUAAAUCUAAAGGAAUUCCCUUUACAUUUAUUAAAAUAAACCUGCACAGCACCAAGA